AUGAGAGGCUGCAGUGCUGCCUGUUGUGCAACACCCAUAAGCCUCUCAACUGUUACAAUUGCUACAAGGAGCAAACCUCUCUUCUUCCAAUUCAAAGUCUUUUCUUCCUUUACUUCACUAACCACCACCUCCAUUCACACAGCAACAAGACCAUUUUUAGCUCUUUCACAGUCACAACCCAAUAAAUCAAAGGAAAAGCACAAGAUUUUGGAAUGCAAUUGUGCCGCCAUUCCUUCAAGUUCAACUGUAGCAGACCCAUCAAAUGAUUUUAUAGUUGUCAAUUUCUAUCGCUUUGUUUUUAUUAAUGACCCCCAUGAAGAAGUUGCUAAGCACCUCUCUUUCUUAAAGGGUCUUGAUAUUCAUGGGAGAAUUUAUGUGAAUGAACAAGGGAUUAAUGCUCAGUACAGUGGACCAUCAAAAGAUGCUCUGGCAUAUGUUGAAUGGUUAAGAGAAGAUUUCAGAUUUUUUGAUAUACUGGUUCAGAUAUCUCCAGCAUUAAAUGGGCAUGCUUUCCCAAAAUUAAAGCUGCGUUAUAAACCUUCCCUAGUACAGUUGGAAGGAGGUAUUUCACAUCUCCCUUUGCUUGACCCUUCAAUGCGAGCGACACCUCUGGCACCGUCUGAUUGGAGAAAAAGAUUGAAAGAAGUACAUGACUCAAACUAUGUUAUACUGGAUGUUAGAAAUGGCUAUGAGUGGGAUAUUGGUCAUUUUGAUGGGGCUCAGCGACCUGACGUGGACUGCUUUAGAAGCACAUCAUUUGGGGAAUCUGAUAGUGAGGAGGCCAUUGCCUCAGAUCCUUUAGCAAAUGUUGACAAAGAGAAGACAGAUAUAUUGAUGUAUUGUACAGGAGGCAUUCGUUGUGAUGUAUAUUCUACCAUCUUAAGACAACGUGGUUUUCAGAAUUUGUACACCUUGAAGGGAGGGGUUUCUCAUUAUCUUCAGAAUGAAGGUCCUGUAGAGUGGGUUGGGAAUUUGUUUGUAUUUGAUGAUCGUCUUUCUCUUCCACCUUCUGCCUACAACCCCGAGGAUACAACUGUAGCAAGUAGCAAUCCACAAGGACCUAAGAAUAUUUUAUUUGCUAAUUGCUACAUAUGUGGAUCACAAGUCUCUGAGUUAAGACAUCGGAACUGUGCUAAUAUUGACUGCAACCUACUUUUUCUAUGUUGUAUGGACUGCGUGAAGGAUUUAAAAGGUUGUUGUUGUCUGCAAUGCACAACUGCUCCUCGGCUUAGGCCUGCUCUACCCGGGAGUCAAAGAUACAAGAAAUGGUACACAUACAGAGAACUGGAAGUGAAAAAUGAGUUGAGAGCAGUCGAGACAAGUGUGUUGGCCAAACGAUGGGAAAACUUGUGGGCUUCACUUCCAAACCUUGACUUCAUUGGUACAGAUCCUGAAUUCACAGAUGUUCUCCCCUUUUCAACUUUUAUCAGUAAAGCACUCUCUAACCGCAAAGAUUGCGAUGUCAGUAAGUUGACAAUCUAUUCCAAAUGGCUUCUCUAUAGUUCUGUAGUGCGUGCUGUCCUUGAAUAUGCUGCUUCCCAUAAUGUUAAGCGUUUGCACUUCCUUUACCCUAUCUGUUUCUUCCAUUCCUUGCUGUUAUCUCCCAAGCUUUUGCAGUGUAAAUCAGUGGAGACUCUUGAGCUGUUUGGUGUCCCAUUUUGUGUUUUACCUGAUAACUUCACUUUUAGUUUCAGUAUGCUGACUGUUUUGAGUCUCAGCUUUUGUUCUUUCUCUUAUGAAAGUGCUUCCUUGGAAGCUGCUGACCCUUUUUCCGGCUGUCCCAAUUUGAAGCAUUUAUGCCUCAAAAGAUGCGGUUUUCCUUCUCUAGAAAACCCUGAAAAUCUAUCGUCUGAACCCUUGUGUGAUCCCUCUGAAUCAGCUCCGGUCAUAAAGGUUUUAAAAGUAUCUGGACCCCAACUAAUUAGCUUGGAAAUUGUGGACCUUGAGUUUUGUUCCGCACCAACACCAAUUGAUCAUUUGAGAAUUGAGAUUUUCGCACCAAAGCUUGAAUAUUUGAACUAUACGAAUAGACAUCCUGUUUAUCUCUAUGGGCACGACCUGUCCUCUCUCAUUUUCGCGAACGUUUAUGUUUCUCUACCUCCUUAUAUCCGGGAACAAGGCACAUUUGCUGAAAGGAAAAAGGCUGCUUUAAACUUGAUCAAAAUGUUCAGGGGGCUAUAUAAUGCGGAAUUUAUCCAGCUUGCUGCUUCGACCGUUGAGGCUCUCAAUGUGACUCCCGGUUUGCUAGAAAAGCAGCCUUCUCCCUUACACAUACCUGCCAUCGUGCACAACUACUUGUGUGGUGACCCAUCUGACGCAGAACCUACUCAAUCGGUAUCUUCAGAGGAGGAAAAUGGAUCUUGA